GAAAGGUAUUAGAUAAAAUGAUUUUAUGGUAAAAUCACGUGAUAUAAGAAAGGCCGAAACAGGUAGUUGGUGAAAAAGCAGAGCAGCUAAUCGGAGGCCUUAAGGACAAGCCCAGAAAGGCAAAAUCAAAGAAGAAGUUAAUGACGUGUCCAAGAUAUUGGUUCGUCUUUCUCAAUUUGUUUCAUUGCUCUCAGCGAUCCCUUUUCUCGUCCUGGGGUACUUCUCUCCGUUGCUCUGCUUCUUAAAAUUCAUAAAAAAAUAAAUAAAUAAAUUCCUCCAAGCCCUCUUUAUCCUAUUUCCCCACGCGGCCACGCCCAUCUCAACCAAACAAUUGGUUUGAUGGAUCUGAAAUUGAUGGGGUGGUCGUGAGUGAGAUUGGCAGGGAGGGAUGAUGAGAUAAUUGCCAUGAAGAUCUACUACUGUUGGUUUAAUUCACAGAUCCAGUUGUCACCAAAUUGUAUCUUUUAUUGCAAUAUCAACUUGCAAAAAGGCGUUAUCAGCUUACUGAUAUAGAGGCUUUUGGUCCGUUCAGUUAAGUUGGUAUCGUCUUAAUAACCAUGCCGUAUUAUAUACAGAGGCUUUAUAAUACUUGCAGAGCGUCAUUCUCGCCCAAUGGCCCUGUUUCUGAAGAAGCUCUUGAAAGAGUUCGUGCUAUUCUAGAGAAAAUGAAGCCAUCUGAUGUAGGUCUGGAACAGGAGGCUCAAGUGGUACGUAAUUGGUCUGGUCCUGUACAUGAGCGGAAUGGAAGCCGUCUGUCAUUGCCACCGAUUAAGUAUCUGCACUUACAUGAGUGUGACAGCUUCUCUAUAGGAAUUUUUUGUAUGCCGCCUUCUUCUAUGAUACCUCUGCAUAAUCAUCCGGGAAUGACUGUGCUGAGCAAGCUUAUCUAUGGCUCAUUACAAGUAAAGUCAUAUGAUUGGCUUGACCCAACAGAGCCCGAAGAUGCACUACAAGCAAGACCUGCAAAACUUGUUAAGGAUACUGAAAUGACGGCCCCUUCUGCAACAACAGUACUUUAUCCCACAAGUGGAGGCAACAUCCAUUGUUUCAGGGCCAGAACUCCCUGUGCUAUUUUUGAUAUUUUAUCUCCACCUUACUCUUCAGAGCAUGGACGACAUUGUACUUAUUUCCGGAAGCCCCCAAGAAGGGAUUUACCUGGUGAGAUUGAAGUGAAUGGAGUGACGUUCUCUCAAGUGACUUGGUUGGAAGAGUUUCAGCCAUCUGACAACUUUGUGAUUCGGAGAGGGCUGUACAAGGGUCCUGUUAUUAGAACUUGAAAUAUUCUUGGACCAUCCAAUUAAUAAUAAGAACAUUGGCUUGUACAUAUUACUACUCUAUCGUAAUCCUUUGAUAUACCGACCUCACAUUUUACUAGUGAGAUACAACUUAAUGACGUUCUUUUUUACAAUUUCGCUUGCUCAAUGAUAAUAAGAGUCGAUGAUAUCUUUUGUGGUCU